AUGAAGCCUGUGAGAAGCGCUGUUCAUGUGUGCUCUCUCAGCGUUUCAGCAGUUAAAGCGAUUGCUGAACAAGCGCUUGAGGAAGCUGAAAAAGGAGAAAUGAUUACAGCUUACAGAUUACAAUGGUUGAAUAUUGCAAUGGAGUUUAAUAGACAGCGCCAAAUGCAGUAUAUUAUGAAAAACUUGAGCUCAAAAGGCAAGAGUCCUAAGUUCCGUGCAAUCAGAAUGAACUCAUUUUGGCAUAAAUGGAAGAGGGAAGUUCUUCGAUCCGAUUGGGGCACAAUCCGUCAGGCUGUUGACCGCAAGAUGAUAGAUUAUGAUAUUCGUGAUAAAGGAAAUUUCUUUUCAAGUCAAAGAAUCGAACUUGCUGCAAGAAACUUCAUUCAAUUGCCUGCUGUCGUUAAUACUCCGAUUGACGCUAUUGUCAACAUUAAAGCAGUCAAGCCAUUAUAUGCAUUUCAAACACCAGGCGCUCACAAACCAGGAUAUUUCAAUAAAGGCUACGUCUAUUGCGAAUCAAACGAUAUUACACAAACCAUAUCAGAUGUUUCUGAUACAACAAUUGAUUCCACAGCAGUUGAUACCGAUGAUCAGCCUUUUACAGAAAAAUUCAAACAAUUAGCUCAAGAACGCGGAUUUACUAGAGAUGUACAAUUCUACGAUGACGACCCAAAAGCGGAAGCGGUGGACGUCGCAUCCACCCAGUCAAGAAGCGUCCCGGUUACAGAUAAUAAUCUCGAUGAAGAUAUCGACAUAGAUGAAGAGAAUGACGAACCACCGGCUAAUAGGUUCGUUGAUGAACAACCUUCUGGCGAACAUUCUCCAGAGAAAAACGCUGAAGAAGGUAAAAUUGAAGAAGAUGUUCAAAAAGAAGAAGAAACUCCAAUUAAAUCAAGAGAAAUUGAACCAGAAGUUGUUCCAGAAAAGAAAGAAGAAGUUGUUUCCGCUCCAAAGUCAUCAUCUGCUGAUUCAAUGUCAAUGAUUAAGAAUUACAUCAUUGUUGCUUUAGCUACUUUGUUAAUUGCUGUUUUCUUCUUGAAGUAA